GUUUAUGGAAACAGAUUCCCUUCACCUGGGUAACUAACCCCUUGAGGUGUGUUCCUGCAUGAGAAGAAACAUCUCUCAUGUACUCAUUCUUCUUCCUCUUCUUACAGUCUUGCAGUCACAUUUCAUAUGCUUUCUGAUAAGUGAUACCUCCAUAACUAUUCCGUGAUAAAGACUUUCCUGAGGAUGUGAUGGAUUCCAGGGUGUCCUCCCCUGAAAAGCAGGAUAAAGAGACUUUAGUUGGUGCCCAGAGUAAAACCAUUGGAGCUUGUGGCUGGUUUCUGGUUUUCCUUUCCUUCCUGUUGAUGAUCAUCACUUUUCCCUUCUCCAUAUGGAUGUGCCUAAAGGUUGUUAAGGAAUAUGAACGGGCUGUUGUAUUCCGACUUGGAAGGAUCCAAGCAAAAAAAGCAAAAGGACCAGGUCUUAUCCUGAUACUACCAUGUGUAGAUGUUUAUGUCAAAGUCGAUCUCCGAACUGUGACCUGCAACAUUCCCCCACAAGAGAUCCUCACUAGAGACUCUGUAACUACACAAGUGGAUGGAGUGGUCUAUUACCGAAUCCACAGUGCUGUUUCCGCUGUGGCUAAUGUCACUGAUGUUCACCAAGCCACCUUCCUACUGGCCCAGACCACUUUGAGGAAUGUCUUAGGGACACAAACUUUGUCCCAAAUCUUAUCUGGCAGAGAAGUUAUUGCUCAUAACAUUCAGACAAUACUUGAUGAUGCUACCGAGCUGUGGGGCAUUCAGGUGGCCAGAGUGGAGAUUAAAGAUGUCCGGAUUCCUUUGCAGUUACAAAGGUCCAUGGCAGCAGAAGCUGAGGCCACUAGAGAGGCUAGAGCCAAGGUACUGGCAGCAGAAGGAGAGAUGAAUGCUUCUAAAUCACUGAAGUCAGCGUCCAUGGUACUGUCUGAAUCUCCUGUAGCUCUUCAGCUCCGCUAUCUGCAAACUUUAGCUACUGUGGCCACAGAAAAGAAUUCCACCAUUGUCUUCCCUCUGCCCAUGAAUAUCCUAGAAGGCAUAGGUACCAUCAGCCCUAAUAAUCACAAGAAAAAAGUAGAGCUACAAUGACAGUCCCCUGACUUAACCCAUUUCUCAGAAAGGCCCAAUCUGUUGUAGUGAAGAAACAGGCAGAUGAACAGUUAGAAUCCAUGAAAACUCAAAGUAAGUAAUAUGCAAUUCCAUAGCUGGCAUAGAUACAACAACAAAACAUUGUCUAGACUAUAGAACACUUUAAAAAGGGAUGGGGGGGGGGAGUAGCAAAACCAAUAAGGAACUUGUAGUGUUUUUAUUCCAAUGGGGUAAUUGGGUUCUCCCUGAAUUUUGGCUAGUCAUUUUUAGAACAGCUGAGGCUCACCUUUUCAUUAAGACCUUUUAUCCCUUCAGGUACAGUAGAUAGUUCAGGUAAUUUAUAAAAUGAUAUGAAUGCUAUAUUUCUACCAGAUCACUUCUUUAUAAUUCCAAAUUAGUUGUAUGCUAAGCAUCUUUGAAUAAUAAUAACAAUAAAUAUUAAGCUA